AUGGUUUCCACCAUGAAACUUGUUCUUUUCUCUGCUCUCAUGCUCUUCUCCUUCCAAGCAGUGAUGUCCGUCACCCCACUGCGUUUUCAGCAUCCACUAGACCCUUUGACCAAAGAAGAGAUUACUCUUGUCCAAACCAUAGUCCAGAAGAAGUACCCAACCUCAAGCAACAGGUUGAGCUUCCACUACAUUGGCCUUGAUGACCCUGAGAAGGAUGACAUCCUCAAAUGGGAAUCCGUCAAACCAACCAUCACAACUGUCCCUCGCAAGGCCUUGGCCAUUGCCAUCAUCAACAGCCAAACCCACGAGAUCCUAAUUGAUCUCACGGCAAACCGCAUUCUCUCAGACAACAUUCACCAAGGAAACGGGUUCCCCACCCUAUCCGUGGAUGAACAAGCCCUUGCCGUAGAGCUGCCACUGAAAUACGGUCCAUUCAUCGACUCAGUGAAGAAGAGAGGGUUGAACCUCUCAGAGGUGGUGUGCUCUGUCUUCACCUCCGGGUGGUUUGGAGAAACCCAGAACAGAAGGACAGUGAGGGUGGAAUGCUUCAUGAAAGAAAGCAGCCCCAAUAUCUGGGUGAGGCCUAUUAGUGGACUCACAAUAGUGGUUGAUCUUGAGCUCAUGAAGAUCAUUGAGUACCACGACAGUGGUAUUAUACCAGUACCAACCGCUGAUAACACUGAAUACCGCUUAUCGCACCAGAAGCCACCAUUCGGUCCAAAACAACACAGUCUAACAACCCAUCAGCCACAGGGUCCUGGAUUUCAAAUCAGUGGCCACAGUGUUAGCUGGGCUAACUGGAAGUUCCACAUUGGAUUCGAUCCACGAGCCGGACUCGUGAUAUCACUGGCCUCCAUUUACGAUUUGGAGAAGCACAAGUCUCGCAGAGUGUUAUACAAAGGGUACAUUUCUGAGCUGUUCGUGCCAUACCAAGACCCAACAGAUGACUUUUACUACAAGACAUUCUUUGAUGCUGGAGAGUUUGGGUUCGGUCUCUCCACUGUCUCAUUGGUGCCCAACCUUGAUUGCCCAUCCAAUGCUGAAUUCCUUGACGCAUAUGUUCACGAUGCUUCUGGCACUCCCGUGCCCAUUCCCAACGCCGUGUGUGUGUUUGAACAAUAUGGCAGCAUCCUGUGGCGUCACACCGAAACUGGAAUUCCCAAUGAAUCGUUCGCAGAAACCAGAACGGAAGUGAACUUGAUUGUAAGAACUGUUGUUACUGUUGGCAACUACGACAACAUCGUUGACUGGGAGUUUAAGACAAGUGGCUCAAUCAAACCCGCGAUUGCCCUGUCUGGUAUAUUGGAAAUAAAGGGAGUGGAUAUCAAGCACAAGGAUGAGAUAAAGAGUGAUCAACAUGGUAUCCUGGUAUCAGCAAACAGCAUUGGUGUCUACCACGACCACUUCUACAUAUACUAUCUUGACCUUGACAUUGAUGGCGAACAAAACUCGUUUGAGAAGACAAGUUUGAAGACUGUGAGAGUGACAGAUGGAAGCUCCAAGAGGAAAAGCUAUUGGACAACGGAGACCGAAACUGCUAAGAGCGAGAACGAUGCAAAGAUCAUAAUUGGGAACGCACCCGGUGAGCUUUCAGUGGUGAACCCUAACAAGAAGACCGCCGUUGGAAACGACGUGGGGUACCGUUUGAUUCCAGCAAUCCCAGCUCAUCCUCUUCUGACGGAUGAUGAUUAUCCACAAAUACGUGGCGCUUUCACAGAGUUUAAUGUGUGGGUCACUCCAUACAAUCGGACUGAGAAGUGGGCCGGUGGGCUCUACGUUGAUCACAGUCAUGGCGAAGAUACUUUAGCCGUUUGGACCAAAAAGAACAGAGGCAUAGAGAACAAGGACAUUGUGCUAUGGCACGUUGUGGGAAUUCAUCACGUUCCAGCUCAGGAAGACUUCCCCAUAAUGCCAUUGUUGAGCACUGCAUUCGAGCUCAGGCCAACCAAUUUCUUCGACAGAAAUCCUGUUCUCAAAACCCUUUCUCCCAAGUUCGUUAAGUGGCCCGGUUGCCCCAAGUAA